ACACGUGACUAAAGCCAACACGUUUGUAACCUUAAAUUUUCUGUUUACAUACAUUGAAUACUUCAUUCGUGCUACGUAAUUUUGUUUAUCAAAACAUUUAAAAAAUAUAAUGGUUGAGACAGAAAAAGAAGAAGUCAGAGAAAGUCCCGAAAGGAAUGGGAAAGAUAACAGGGAGAAAGUUAAUAAUAAAUUGAUAAAAGGGAAGCCGAAGUCUGGAAGAGUAUGGAAAGAACCAAGGCAAAGAUUCUCGUCAAUUAUCAAAACCCGAGGACUUAGAAUUUCAUGUGAAAAGAAACAACUGCUUCGUGACAAUCUCAAACGGGUGAAGGAGCAAUCACGAGCGAUAAUUGAGCAGAAAAAGGUAGAAAAAGAGGCGAAAAAGCAGAGGAGAAUAGAAAACUUGAAACGAGCGGAAGAAAAUCGUAAAAAGAGUGAAGUCGUUCAAAUCAUCAAGAAUACGGCGAAAAUAAAGCGCAUGAAAAAGAAACAAUUACGAAUGAUUGAAAAGAGGGAUACCGUCAAUACAUAGUGAAUAUUAAAAAUGAAAUUCCCUUUUUUAAUCAACAUGUAAAUCAAACUGACAUUCAGAUUGUUGUACAAAAAAGAACAAAUAAAUAAAUUGAAAUGUAUGAAA